ACGGCCGUGUGCCCAACUGUAAUCAGAUGUGCGGCCGGUUAUUACGGCUGUAAAUCAGCUGGGUUUGGGCUUAGUUUCGCGGCACCUUCCUCCCGCUAAGCUCGUUCGCAGCCUUGCGGGCAAUGCGAACUCUGCAUCCCCAUCUCUCCAAUUUCGGCAGAAUUCAGUUCGAAUAUCUUUCCCAUUCAGUUCGAACGGAGCCGGGAAGCUUCCUUCUUGUUUCCCACGAUCGAUGAGCACCGCUGAAACAGCUAUGGGCCAUGGCUAGUGGAAACGGCUUCCAAAAAUGGAACAAACCUGCUUCCUGACGGUUACUCUGGCGGCUUCCUGGCAGCUUCCUGACCGCCAUGGCGACCGUGUCUUCCCCUCGCCCCGCCUCCGGUAUAAGUUAGGUCCUCACCCCUCGUCUUCCUCCACCAGAUCACCUGUCCAUAAGGUGCCAGCAUUCGUUGAAACCAACAGCAGACCGGGAUCACCCGUCAGCCAUUGCCUUGCCAGCGCCGCCAUUGAGUCUGUCCCCUCCGUACUUGCAUCCGCUGCGUUCACACACAUUGGAUAGAUCAUCUUGUGUGAAGCCGGGGGAGCUGAUCCUUGAUCCAACUCUCGGUUGAUUCUUCUGCUUCUGCGUAUUCUUUUCUUUUUUCGAACCGGAGUCGUCUUCGUUUCUGCUGGGCUCUAUUGGUGUGGCACGCAUGGACUGCGCCGCCGACUACCUGAUCGCCGUGGGCAGGUCCACGGCGGAUCCCAUGCGGUGGAUGAAGAAGUGGAGGAAGGCCGCCAACGUCAUCCGGUCCUGCCACAGGCUCUCCCGCCUCGCGUUCCUGUCCGCCGACAUCCUGCGCCGCACGGGCUCCUACGUCACCAUCAAGAUCCACGACGAAGAUGCUGACGCGGACGCUGCCGGCACGUCCACGCCCGCCGGCGCCGCGCCGGUGGAAUUCUCUGUCGCGCCCGACGACAAGGACUUCAAGGGCCUGGUCAAGGAGAAGCGCCACGACUGCUUCCGCCGCCUCGGCGGCGGCGCCGGGAUCGCCGCCGCGCUGGCAUCCGGCGCGGAGGCCGGCAUCCGCGGCGACGAGGCCGACGUGCUCCGCCGCCGCGAGGCGUUCGGCGCCAACACGCACCCGCGGCGGAAGCCCAAAGGGUUCUGGCGACACGUGUGGGACGCGCUCAGCGACGUCUUCCUCAUCGUGCUGCUCGUCUGCGCCGCCGUGUCCCUGGGGUUCGGCAUCAAGGAGCACGGCCUCAAGGACGGCUGGUACGAUGGUGUCAGCAUCUUCCUCGCCGUGUUCCUCGUCGCGGCGGUGUCCGCGGUCAGCAAUCACGGCCAGGCCAAGCGCUUCGACAGGCUCGCCAGUGAGUCCGACGACAUCGCGGUCACCGUCGUGCGCGGCGGGCGGAGGCAGGAGGUCUCCAUCUUCGACGUCGUCGUAGGCGACGUCGUGGUGCUCAAGAUCGGCGACGUCGUGCCCGCCGAUGGCGUGUUCCUGGAGGGGCACGCGCUGCAGGUAGACGAGUCCAGCAUGACCGGCGAGCCCCACCCGGUGCACAUCGACGCCGAGAAGAGCCCCUUCCUGGCCUCCGGCGUGAAGGUCAUCGACGGCUACGGUCAGAUGAUCGUCACGGCCGUCGGCACGGACACUGCGUGGGGCGAGAUGAUGAGCAGCAUCACCAGGGAGAAGACCGAGCCGACGCCGCUGCAGGAGCGCCUCGAGGGCCUCACCUCCAGCAUCGGCAAGGUCGGCGUCGCCGUGGCGGUGCUCGUUUUCGCCGUGCUCACAACGCGGCACUUCACCGGCAGCACCAGGGAUGAGCAGGGCAAACCCCUGUUCGACAAGCAGCACGUUACCUUCAACACCGUCUUCAGCGCGCUUGUCGGGAUCUUCCAGCAGGCGGUCACCAUCAUCGUCGUCGCCAUCCCGGAGGGUCUGCCGCUCGCCGUCACCCUGACGCUGGCAUUCUCCAUGAAGCGGAUGGUCAAGGAGAACGCGCUGGUGCGCACGCUCUCGGCGUGUGAGACCAUGGGCUCCGUCACCACCAUCUGCACCGACAAGACAGGGACGCUUACGCUGAACCAGAUGAAGGUAACCGAGUUCUGGGUCGGCACCGACCGGCCCGAGGCGGUGGCUGCGGUCAACGGCGGCGUCGUCAGCUUGCUGUGCCAGGGGGCAGGGCUCAACACCACGGGGAGCGUGUACAAGCCGGACAACGUCUCGACGCCGGAGAUAUCGGGGAGCCCGACGGAGAAGGCGCUGCUGUCGUGGGCCGUGACGGAGCUGGGAAUGGACGCCGACGCGCUGAAGAGGAGCUGCAAGGUGCUGCACGUCGAGGCCUUCAACUCCGACAAGAAGCGCAGCGGCGUACUGAUCAGGGACAAUGCGACCGGCGCGGUGACCGCGCACUGGAAAGGUGCCGCCGAGAUGGUCUUGGCGAGCUGCUCGGCGUAUGUCGGCACGGACGGCGCGGCGCGCCAGCUCGGCGGCGAGCAGAGGAGGAACCUCGAGAAGGUCAUCAGCGACAUGGCGGCAGGCAGCCUUCGGUGCAUCGCAUUCGCUUACAAGCAGGUCGACGGAGAGCACACCAAGAUCGAUGAUAAGGACCUGACAUUGCUGGGCUUCGUCGGUUUGAAGGAUCCCUGCCGUCCAGAGGUCAGGACCGCCAUUGAGGCCUGCACGAAGGCGGGUGUCGCGGUCAAGAUGGUCACCGGCGACAACGUUCUCACGGCCCGUGCCAUUGCCAAGGAGUGCGGCAUCAUCUCGGACAACGAUCGCGAUGGUGUUGUCAUCGAGGGGCACGAGUUCCGCGCCAUGUCGCCGGAGGAGCAGCUGGAGAUCGUGGACCGCAUCCGCGUGAUGGCGCGGUCGCUGCCCAUGGACAAGCUGGUGCUGGUACAGCGCCUGAAGCAGAAGGGCCACGUGGUCGCGGUCACCGGCGACGGCACCAACGACGCGCCGGCGCUCAAGGAGGCCGACGUCGGGCUGUCCAUGGGUAUCCAGGGCACCGAGGUCGCCAAGGAGAGCUCCGACAUCGUGAUCAUGAACGACAACUUCGACACGGUGGUGACGGCCACCCGGUGGGGCCGCUGCGUCUUCAACAACAUCCAGAAGUUCAUCCAGUUCCAGCUCACCGUCAACGUCGCGGCGCUGAUCAUCAACUUCGUGUCGGCGCUGACCUCGGGCAAGAUGCCGCUGACGACGGUGCAGCUGCUGUGGGUGAACCUGAUCAUGGACACCAUGGGCGCGCUGGCGCUGGCGACGGACAAGCCCACCAAGGCGCUCAUGCGGCGCCCGCCCAUCGGCCGCACGGCGCCGCUCAUCAGCAACGCCAUGUGGCGCAACCUCGCCGCGCAGGCCGCGUUCCAGGUGGCCGUGCUGCUGGCGCUCCAGUACCGCGGCCGCGACGUCUUCGGCGUCGACGAGAAGGCCAACAGCACCAUGAUCUUCAACGCCUUCGUGCUCUGCCAGGUGUUCAACGAGUUCAACGCCCGGGAGAUCGAGCGGAAGAACGUCUUCGCCGGCGUGCUCCGGAACAGGAUGUUCCUGGGCAUCAUCGCCGUGACGAUCGCCAUGCAGGUGGUGAUGGUGGAGCUGCUGACGAGGUUCGCCGGCACCCAGAGGCUUGGCGUGGCGCAGUGGGGUGUCUGUGUCGCCAUAGCGGCCAUGUCGUGGCCGAUUGGAUGGGCGGUCAAGUUCAUCCUCGUGCCAGACCGGCCGAUCCAUGAGAUCCUGGCAACGAGGAAAUUCUUCUAGGCAUCCGUAGGGUAGGAUGUCACUGCACUGGUUUUUUUUAAAAUUUUUUUCCGUAUGAAAUCUUUCUAGGCAGGCAUAUACUGUAUAUAUGAUUGUUUCAUUUGUUCUAUGUUACAUUAAAGAA